UUGGAAGUUUUGUGUAGUGAAUAAGGCGAAUGGAAUGUAAUAAUGAAAAAUAAUUUGUAUUAUUUUGUUGAACACAUACCCAAAACAGAAUCAACCCGUUUUCUUCUCCACCAACAUCGUUUUCUUUCUGGAAAAAGGAUUGCUGUAGUUGAUAUUGUUUGGACAAAUGGAGGAGACCAUGGCUGCACGCUAUUGGUGUCAUUUGUGCGCUCAGAUGGUGAAUCCCAUCAUGGAAGUUGAGAUCAAAUGUCCAUUUUGUCAGAGUGGAUUUGUAGAAGAGAUGAGUAGCAGCACUAGGGAGGCCGAGGCCGAGGCGGAUUCUGAUUUGAGUUCUGACCGCGCCCUCUCCCUUUGGGCACCCAUCUUGUUAGGAAUGAUGGGAAAUCCCCGUCGAAGGAGAAGAUUGAGAAGAAGCGAGUUUGAAGAAGAUGAUGAGGAUAAUAAUGAUGAACGCCGUGUAGGAGAGAUUGAUAUAGACCGCGAACUUGAGUCAUUCAUGAGGAGAAGGAGAAGAAACUCUGCUACAAUUUUGCAAUUGCUUCAAGGAAUUCGAGCAGGCAUGGUAUCUGAGUCGGAGAAUCACGAAGGAGACGGGGAAAGAGAACGUGUCAUUCUGAUCAAUCCUUUGAAUCGCACAAUCAUCGUUCAGGGAGGCCAGAAUCAGAACCAGACUCCUAUUGGGUCAUUAGGUGAUUAUUUUAUGGGACCUGGUUUGGAUUUGUUAUUGCAGCAUUUGGCAGAGAAUGAUCCAAAUAGAUACGGAACUCCGCCAGCGCAUAAGGAAGCCAUCGAGUCACUGCCCAAUGCGACAAUUAAAGAAUGUACGCAAUGUGCGGUUUGUUUGGAUGAUUUUGAUAUUGGGACUAGAGCAAAGGAGAUGCCCUGUAAGCAUAGGUUUCAUGAUUCAUGCAUAUUGCCAUGGCUGGAACUUCACAGUUCUUGCCCAGUUUGCAGGUUUCAGUUACCGGCUGAGGAAUCCAAGUCGGAUUCUGAGAGCUCUCGGAACGACAGUAAUCCGCCUGUUGCCGAAAGCAACAAUGGUGAUACCAAUGGCAAUAACAAUGGUGAUACCAGUGACAAUAACAAUGGCAAUAACAAUGGUGAUACCAAUGGGAAUAACAAUGGAAAUGGAAGAAGGUUUUCGUUCCUAUGGCCUUUCAAUAGUUUGUUUUCGUCGUCCUCCUCGUCGUCAUCAUCAUCAUCAGGUGGAACUUCUUCGCAAACUGAUGAGAAUUGAGUAUUACUGCACAUGUUGUGUUAUGUACAUAGUGAAAGGAUCAAAUUUGUUGUGUUUUGUGUUUCAUAUGCUAUUUUUUUCUUUUCAUUUGAUUAAUUGCUAUAUUGAUUACUAUAA